AUGAUCAUCCUUGAUGGGGAGAAGAAGGCUGAAGUUGUCCAGAAUUUACAUGCCAAAGUUCGAGACAACAUUGCAAGAAAGACUGAACAAUACAUGCGGCAAGCCAACAAAGGACGCAAGAAGGUGUCAUUCGAAGUCGGGGAUUGGGUGUGGCUGCACCUAAGACCUGAAAGGUUCCCCAACAAGAGGAGCUCAAAGCUAGCACCAAGAGGAGAUGGACCAUUCCGUAUCUUGGAGAAGAUCAAUGACAAUGCCUACCGCUUGGAGUUGCCCGGUGAGUAUAAUGUAUCUUCUUCUUUCAAUGUGGCUGACCUACUUCCGUUUGAUGCAGGAGAUCUUGUUUCGAGGUCGAAACCUUUGCAACGGGGAGGGAAUGAUGAGGUCAUCGGUCUAGAUGCAGAUGAGGAGCAGCUGAAUACGGAUGAAACACAAGAAGGAGCUUCGGAUGCACUUGGCAAGGAGAGAGAAGUUGCUGAGCUUGCCAUGCCUACACUUCCGGAUCCACCUGUUCGUAGAUCAUUGGUUGAUGGAGAUGUCGGAUGA